CGGAGACGGAAGGGGAGGGAGAAGACGUUAGAGGCGGGGUACAGUGGAAUUAUCAUGGCGGGAUGCAUGAAAAUUAUAAACGGUUUUAUCUCAGCAAAUGCUAGAUUAAUGGUUCUUGCGGUGCUCCUUAUUUGUUUACCUCAAAUCUCACAACAGGAUACGGGUAAAGAACACGAAAUAACUAAUCUGCGGGAUGGUGAGGACUAUGUCAUGUCAGGAUCCAACCGGUUUUGUUACAGAAACACUGUAUCGCCAACCUGGAGGCAGACAUGGACAAGAAUUCAGGUCAAAGUGUGGAGUUCAGAGGUGUUUAAGGUGGACACUGUGGAAGGUGAGGAGGAACUGCAGGAGCUCGAUCGCUUCAGUUUUUGGGGCUGGUUCCAGAGCCUGCUGCGAGAGAAGCACAAUGAGACUGUUAUUAACAUCAGCCUGUUCACCAAGAAGACAUGCUUCAAGGUCGAGCCUACUGGGAAUGCGCAAUACACUGUCAAACCCAUUCGCAAGUUUGAUAUAUAUCUAUUCUUGCUAUUCCUCGCUGGAGCAUUGCUGUUUUUCUUUGCAGACUCACUCAGCAGGAGUCAGGCUUUCUUCUACUCUGCCGGUAUGAGCACUGGCAUGAUUGCCUCUCUCAUAAUCCUCUUUUUCAUUCUGGCACGCUUUUUACCAAAGAAAAGCCCCUUUUAUGUGUUGAUAGUUGGAGGCUGGUCAUUCUCUGUGUACGCAAUCCAGCUUGUGUUCAGGAACCUCAGCGUUAUUCUCCGAGAGCACUGGCAUGUGGCAUUAGGUUAUGUAGCAAUUGUGGGAUUCAUCAGUUUUGCUGUGUGUUACCGUUACGGCCCUCUGGUUGAUGAGAAGAGCAUUAACAUCCUGUCGUGGACCCUGCAGCUCUUUGGUCUGCUCCUGGUUUAUUUAGGAAUUCAGAUUCAACAAGUUGCCUUCGCUAUCAUUGUAGCUGCUUUGUUUACCAAAAACCUGGAGUACCCAGUCUAUCUGCUGGUUGCUGCAUGGAGAAAAAUCAAGCGGUAUAUCCACUGGAAGCCACAGCCACGACGCCUGCUGACUGAGGAGGAGUAUCAAAAGGAAGCUGAGGAAGAGACUCGGCGGGCUCUGGAGGAGCUGCGGAAAUACUGUAACAGCCCAGAGUUCAGCCCAUGGAAGACAGUGUCUAGACUUCAGUCUCCGAAAAGGUUUGCUGAUUUUGUCGAAGGCUCCCCGCACUUGAUGCCUAACGAGGUGUCCAUCCACGCCCAGGAAUACGGUUUUGGAGGAUCUUUCUUUGAGGAUGAACUCUUUGAUACGGACGACGAAGAUGACGACGAUAUUGUACCUGUGACGAAACCAGAGUGAGACGGCGCAGUGUUGGAAACAAAAACACUUAAUACUGCCUUUCAGAAAGGUGAUGGGAGAUCAGCUCUCCAGGUCCGUCCAGACUGACUUUUAAAUGGCUUCUUUGGGGGCGGGGUUAGCGGCAUCCCUGAAUUCCAGGAUAAUGAGCCAUUUUGUAUUGCCACAGGCAAAGUAAACAAAGUACUGUCAAAGAAUGUGCACUAAAAUCACACUUUUUCUUUAUUUCAGGGAAUUAAGAUUUCUGUUGAGAGGUUUAAAGACAGUGAAAGCUGAGACUUGCAGGUUUCUUUGUGCUGAGUUGUGGCCCAGAAAAGUUUUUAGUUUUCUAAACAUGUUUUGUUUACAGCCUUUGGCUGUAAUUGGAUUUUCUGCUGUGGACUGUAAUGAGAUUAUGCUUGUAGAUGACUAUUACCAGUUAUUACUCUAAUUUUCUGCUUGGGAAGAGAAAGAGAUUCAUUUUUUAAUUUCACCUAUUUCAUUCAUUUUAACGAAAAGCCAUCAAUAGAAGUGUCCACAAGUAAUUUGAAUAAAGAUAUAUAUAUAUAUGUA